AUGGGCAAGCAUGAUUUCCUGACGCCGAAAGCUAUCGGCAUUCGAAUGAAAGCUAAAGGGCUCCAAAAGCUUCGAUGGUUCUGCCAAGUGUGUCAAAAACAAUGUCGUGAUGAAAAUGGUUUUAAGUGCCACACAACCUCCGAGGCACAUCAGCGACAAAUGUUGAUUGUGGCUAACAAUCCAAACAAGUUCAUGAGUGGGUAUAGUGAAUUGUUUGAAGAGGCAUUUCUUGAGAACUUGAGACGUCGGCAUGGCACUAAGAGGAUGCGAGCCACUUACGUGUAUAAUGAAUAUAUUGCCGACAAGCUUCAUGUUCAUAUGAAUGCAACACGAUGGACGACGCUAAGUGGCUUUGUUCAAUAUUUGGGACGUUCGGGCAAGUGCGUAGUUGAUGAAACAGAAAAGGGCUGGCAUAUUCAAUACAUUGACAGAGAUCCAAAAGCAAUUGCGAGACAGCAAGAGUUGGAAAAGAAAAAGAAAAUGGAGCUUGAUCAUGAGGAGAGAAAUCGACUCUUUAUUGAGCGACAAUUGAAAAUUGCUAGUGAAAAAGACGGCGUUGAGACGCAAAUACAGCCAACAAAAUUGCAGCGUGGGGAGCACGGUGAAAAAAUUAAAUUGUCACUAGGUGUGAAGAAAGAGAGCAGAAAGAUGGAAGACAUGAAAACGGUCGCUUUCAAAGACAAAAGCACAAAGAUGUUUCAAGAAACGGAGAGAUUUGAAACGGUGGAGAAAAGCUCGAAUAAACGACAAGCUAUUGACGCGAUUAUGGAGGAAGAAGAAAGACAAAGAGAGGAAAAGAGACGACAGCUGAAAAACGAGUCGAAGCGGCAGCGAAAAGAAAAUUGGAUUACUACUGGGAUUGUGAUCAAAGUGAUGAACAAGACACUCGGUGACGGUGCUUAUUACAAGUGCAAAGGAGUGGUGGAGGACGUUAAGGACAAGUUUUGCGCGACAGUAAAGUUGUUGGACUCUGGUGAUGUACUACGACUUGAUCAGGAGGAUCUCGAGACAGUCAUUCCGAAACCAGGACGUAAGGUUCAAAUCGUAAACGGACUUGGUCGGGGCUGCACAGCAAAACUACUGGAGAUUUCAGUAGAUAAUUUCUGCGCACGUAUUCGAAUUGACUCGGGCCCGCAUCGAGGAGAGAUUUUAGAUGGGGUUGAGUACGAAGAUAUCUGCAAAGUAAACGAAUGA